UUAGAAAGUUUGUCUCGAAAUCCUGCGAUUUGCCAAUUGGCAAGCUCAAAUGAAUAUUUUGCAGUUCAAGUAUUUUUUUAAUAUUUUAGGUAAAUUCAGAAACUUUUCUAUGGCAUCCUACUCUCCAGUUAGUCAUGUGAUAUUUGACUUAGAUGGAACGAUUUUAGACACUGAAACUAUAUACACUGAGGUUUAUAGGAAAGUUAUUGAAAGUUAUGGUGAAACUUAUACUGACGAUCUUCGUCUAGCAAUUACUGGAUCUAAGGAACAAGAUGCUUGUCGGGUGUUGGUGGAAUCUUUAAAUUUACCCCUUACUCCGACGGAAUUUUCACAAAAAGUGCAAGUUUUGCAAAAACCAGCUUUAGAAAAUCCUCCUUGUAAACCAGGUGCUGAAAGACUUAUUUUUCAUUUGCAUCAACACAAAAUUCCAAUAGCUAUUGCUACAAGCAGUGGUGAAGAGAAGUGCAAAAUCAAAACUGCCAAUCUUCCUCAUUUGUUUAGCCUUUUCAGUCACAUGGUAACAGGUAGCUCGGAUCCAGAAGUAGUUAAUGGAAAGCCUGCUCCAGAUAUAUUUUUGAUUACUGCCAACCGAUUUCCAAACCCACCAUCCCCUCAAAAGUGUUUAGUCUUUGAGGAUGCUCCAAACGGGGUCGCUGGUGCUAAAGCUGCCGGUAUGCAAGUUGUUAUGAUACCAGAAGAUUACGUUCCUGAGGAACAGACAAAAGAUGCGACACUUGUUCUGAAGUCCUUGGAAGAUUUUAAGCCUGAACUUUUUGGAUUACCGCCAUAUCCAAAAUAGUAUUGACAAAUUCAACGUGAAAUCAACUUAAGACAAGAAUUUUUCAUCUACCAGUCCAGAAACUCCAGUUUAUUAACCUACUGACUUCAGUAGAUUCCUUGAAACGAUUAUUUUAGUUUUUUUUUAAUAAUUGUUAUUUUAUUGUUCAUAGUUCCUCCUUGGAGUUUGUUAUAUAUUUUUUAAACAGUCACUUUUAAAAUGUAAAAUAAUUUUUAGAUUAUCGUAAAGAUAACAUUGUGAAACAAUUCCAUUUACACGUGCAUAUCAUAAAAAUAACAAGAGUGUAAUUUUAAUUUUGAUUCAAUAUUUUAAUAAAUUUUAUCGUUUGUCUUUUAAGAUGUUCAAAUUGUUCUAAAUUUAA